AUUUCAGUCAUUUAAACUGAGUGUCCAAGCACCAAGGAAUCACAGUGAAGCCAGACCCGAAAGCCUGCAGACUUGUAAAGUUCUUCAAAUUAUUUUAAGUUUUAAUACUGUUUCAACACAUAUCGGGAACAUCGAGAAACAUUGUCACCAUGGCCCAGUUUGGUUUCGAGAACGACAUUCACAACGUUCUGAAGCUUGACAUGCCAAUUACAAAUGCUCCAAUGGCCAGGUGGCAGAGGAAAGCAUCUACAUCGUCAGCUAAGGCUCCUCUUUCACCUGGAAACCGAUCAGUCAGUUCAUCCAAGACCCCCAACAAAACGCCAGGUAAAAAUGGGAAAACUCAGUCUACACCUUCGAAAGUAGGCGGUGACCGAUACAUUCCCACUCGAAAUAACAAACAGAUGGAUGUGGCCAGCUUUUUGCUGUCAAAGGAGAAUGACCAGAUUGAGGCAAACACAUCAACGCAAAACCAAAAGGCUUGGUCUCUGAACCUUAAUGGAUAUGACCUUGAGGAGGCAAAGAUCUUGCACUUGAGUGGAAAACCACUCAAUGCACCUGAAGGUUAUCAGAAUAAUUUAAAAGUACUCUACAGUCAAGUGCCCACACCGGCCUCUUCCAAGAAAAGCAGAUACAUCUCGACUGUGCCAGAGCGUAUCCUUGAUGCCCCGGACAUCCGAAAUGAUUUCUAUCUGCAUCUGAUGGACUGGGGUAGCCGUAACAUAUUGGCUGUGGGCCUGAGUAACACAGUCUAUUUAUGGGAUGCGGCCACUGGUACCAUAAUGCUUUUGAUGAGGAUGGAGCCAGAUGAUUACGUCAGCUCAGUAUCGUGGAGCAAAGAUGGGACUUUUCUCGCUGUAGGCACCAGUGAUUGUAAAGUGCAGUUGUGGGAUGUGGAACACCAGAAACGACUACGCAGCAUGUCCAGUCACACAGCCAGAGUCAGCACUCUCUCCUGGAAUGACCACGUCCUUACAAGUGGAUCAAGGUCUGGUCACAUUCAUCAUCAUGAUGUCCGUGUAGCAGAACACCAUAUCUGUACCCUAAUUGGCCACAGCCAGGAGGUUUGUGGGCUUAAGUGGUCCACCGACGGAAGGUUUUUAGCAAGUGGAGGCAAUGACAACAUGGUGUAUGUCUGGCCAGGUGUCCAGGAGGGUACUGUCAACAUGCAAACCCCUGUCCAGAGCUUCAGUGAACACCAGGGAGCUGUUAAGGCAUUGGCAUGGUGUCCAUGGCAAACAAAUAUCCUAGCAUCCGGUGGUGGUACCAGUGACCGACACAUACGUAUUUGGAAUGUUAGCAGUGGGAAUUGCAUGAGUGCACUGGACACACGUUCUCAGAUAUCCUCAUUGCUGUUUGCACCAAACUACAAGGAGCUGAUCUCUUCACAUGGCUUUGCUCAUGAUAACAUAAUUAUAUGGAAGUAUCCCUCUCUCACCAAAGUGGCAGAGCUUGAAGGCCAUGAAGGCAGAGUUCUGAAUAUGGCCCUCAGUCCAGAUGGCUCCACAGUGGCCAGUGUGGCUGCUGAUGAAACGGUCCGAUUGUGGAACUGCUUCGAAAAAGAUCCAGUUAAAAAGACGACGCAACCCACCAGCAGCAUUAUCCAUCAGCCGAUUCGUUAGAUCUACAGCCUGUGCUUAUGUAUACUGCAGGAGAAUACUUUUAAAACUUUGUACAAAUAUUAUUUUCUCUUUUUCUUCAAUAAAGGAUGUCCCCUACUGGUGACGUGGUUUUA